GAACCCUAAAGAAAAUAAAAUUUCCACUCUCUCAGUUGUCCACGCCGUUCGUGAAACCAGCACUCUCUACAAUCCCUCCUCCGGCGACGCCUUGCGCCGGCAGUGGGCCUCCUCUGACGGCGAGCGACGACCAGACUCAACGACCUGCAGCAGAUCCGCAGCACCCUCCCUCCGGUGCUGACCCAAAUUCUAUCCCCCGGGCGCCCCUUUCAUUUUUCCGCUCAAUCUUCACUAAAUCAUCAGACUUCAAUCUCAACUGCUGAAUUUCAUUUUCAAGAGGUACCCCUUCGAAAUUUCAUUUUUUGAUUCUGUAAUGAGCUUGACCUGCGUGCACCGUGUAUCAUGUCCUACUUGCAAAAACUCAGAACACUUUCCAUGGUUUCUUCAAUUAUUGCUGAUAACAAGUUUAACUUAGUUCGAAUCUUGUCUUCGCAAAUUGGGUCUUCCCCGGCCGCCCGGAACCCUAGAUUUUACCGAACUAAAAGGGCUCACCAAGCUGGAGAAUGUGAAAAUUUCGGGGGGGUUCCGACUAGGAGUGGCCGAAACGGCCAUCGGAUUUCUCGGGCCACCAGGAAGGAAGCCCAGGCUGCGUUAUUGGAGUAUUUGCAUUCUACUAGGGGCGUUCAGUUUAUGGAUGCAGAGAAUAUGAGUAAAAACUCACCUCUCUUUCUUGAAAAACUUUUGGGAAAAGUGGAGAAUGACGGCGACAUUGGGCGGUCGAUUACUCGGUUUUUGCGUUACCAUCCGAUUAACGAAUUUGAGCCUUUCUUUGAGAGUGCGGGUUUGCAUCCUGCAGAAUAUAAUGCCUUUCUUCCGCGGGAAUUGAUGUUUUUGAAUGAUGAUGGUUUGUUGCUCGAGAACUACCGUGUUUUGUGUAACUAUGGUGUUGAACAAAAUAAGAUAGGGAAGAUUUAUAAGGAGGCAACUCAGAUAUUUCGGUAUGACUAUGGUGUUUUGCUGUCGAAGUUAAGAGCGUAUGAGGAACUUGAUCUCAGCCAAGCUACCGUUGUUAAAUUUGUUGUAUGUAGCCCCUAUCUAUUGGUUGGAGGUGUUAAUGAGGGGUUUGUGAAGGUUUUAGACAAAUUGAAGAACAUUGGAUUUGAAUCUAGCUGGGUUGAAGAACAGCUGAUAGAUGGUAAUUCCUAUAACUGGAAGCAAAUUCUUGGGCUUCUUUUCUGGUUUCAGAAGAUGGGCUGCAGUAAUGAGAAAUUGGGUGAUUUAAUCAGCCAACAUCCAGAUUUUUUGUUUGAGGAUUCAGGAAGUAAAUCACUUUCCUUAAUCGGGUUCUUACUGAAAAUGGGAUCCUCAAUGAUCCAGAUAUGUUCUAUGUUCAUGCAAUUCCCUCAAAUCCGAGUUGGUAAGUUCGUUUCAAAUAUAAGGCGAUGCCUUUCGUUCUUCAAUGAAAUAGACAUGGGCGUGGAAGAGAUAGGAUACCUUGUCCGGUCUCAACCCUUGCUAUUGGGAUCAUAUACUCUGAAAAAGACUAACAGCUUGCUUGCUAACUUGAAUGUUGGGAAGAAACGGCUUUGUCAAUUUAUCUUAGAGAAUCCAGAAGAAUUGAAGAACUGGAAGCUUGGUACAAGAGUUACACCACUACCGGUCGCCGGAGAGCUUAAAAGAUCGAAGCAACAGAAAACUCAGUUCUUGUUGAAAUUAGGACUGGAAGAGAACUCGAGUAAGAUGAAAGAAGCACUCAAGGUGUUUCGAGGGAAGGGAGCAGAGCUCCAAGAGCGUUUCGAUUGUAUUAUUAAAGCUGGCAUUGAUGAGAAGGAUGUUUACAAAAUGAUUGAAGUUUCUCCGCAAAUUCUUAACCAAACUAAAGAUAAAAUAGAAGAAAAGAUUGAUUUUCUUCUAAAUGAUUUGGGGUACCCUGUGUCAUCGUUAGUAAAUUUCCCUUCCUAUCUUUCCUAUACGACUCAAAGGGUCACCCUAAGGUUCUCAAUGUAUACUUGGCUCAAGGAGCAAGGAACAGCAGACCCAACAUUGGCGUUGAGCACUAUUAUAGCGUGUUCAGAAAAUACAUUUCUAAGACAGUAUGUGAAUCAUCAUCCCCAGGGCGUCGAAUUUUGGCAGAAAUUGAAGAGAGAAAUAUAUUCAGAUUCUUUGUCAUGUCUCACUCAUUAGACUAGUUUCACUCUAAAAUAUUCUUUGUACCAAUCGAUGUCUGGAAUUCAUCGAAUUAACGGCUAAAUGUGCUGCAAAGAUGAGAAAUUUUGGCCUUUUUAUGAUGGAAAAGUUUGAUGUUUCUAUUUAACUUGAGCUGCUUUUCCAUAUUCAAAGAAAUGACAUCAAAUUUUGAAGUGUUGUAUCAUCUUCACAAAGUUUUGGUAGUCCUCUUAGGGCAUUGUAACACAACAUUGUUUUGUCCGCUACCGAUCCCAACUUCAUUUAACGUAAUAUUUACUAAUCAUGGCAAUUUGAUACAUAUUCUUCAUGCUCUGGAUCAGAAAUCCUCUGUAGAGGUAUAUCUUGUGCGCUUUAUCGAAACCGUGUUGCUGAUCAAAUCAUUAGUAUUUUGGGUAGUUUUUAUGUUGAUACAUCUUGAGGAUGGUACCAGUGUCUGCUGCCUUUAACAUAUUUCAAAUACAUGUCUAAAUGUCCAUAAACAUGUUCUGUAGUAUUCAAGUAUCUCUCUUCAUGCACAACUUUGGAACUGUUUAUUUAACUUAGGAAGACAAAGAGUAGGAGCUUUUAGAAUAUAUUACUGCAGAGUUUCGUAAUUGCCCAUGCGAGUGUAGUUUCGGUUGUCAAGUUGAGACGAAGAAAUAGCAGUCCUUUGAACUUUUGCUGUUAGGAGAAUACAUCUUGGGACUGGCCCGUCGGAAGUAUUGUUUGUAUAUAUACUGUGGUGAUUCAUAUCAUACUAGAAAUCUAAUGUAUUUACUUUGGAAUAAACGCCAUUUAUGUUGGCAAUUGAUUUUUUUGA